AUGGCGAACCUCAAAUUAUUCGCACUGCUACUCUCCGCUGCCCUCCUUGGGAGUGGCCAGGCACAGGGCAUUGAGAGAACCUACAUCGUGCAGAUGGAGGCCCCUGUUUCCCAGUCGUCAAUCUCCCGCCGCUCAUUGCAUGAGAAUUCACUCCGGGCGGUGACAUCCCGCGACACUAUGCUCUAUUCAUACAGUUCAGCCAUGAACGGAUAUGCUGCGAGGCUCACCGAUGCCCAGGCUCGCGAGCUGAUGGCCCAACCCGGGGUCAAGUCCGUCAGCCGCCAGAAGAUCUACCAGCUUCACACCACCCACACCCCGGAGUUUCUCGGGUUGGACAAGGCCGAGAUCUUAGGUCAACAGGGAACUGUGUUCACGGGCAACACCACCUCUGAUGGCGAGUCCGACCUCAUCAUCGGCCUUUUCGACACCGGCGUGUGGCCUGAGAGUGACAGCUUUGACGACACUGGGCUUCCACCCAUUCCCAGCCGGUGGAAGGGAUCCUGCGUCGAAGGGGAGGAGUUCACGGCGGCUAACUGCAACAAGAAACUCAUUGGCGCCAGGUGGUAUACCAAGGCACUCGAGGCCGCGUGGAUUGACAGCAACAACGGGACCGCCUAUAACUUCACGGGGACCUACAAAUCCGCGAGAGACCCGGAGGGCCAUGGAACUCACACCGCAUCCACGGCAGCCGGCGCUGCGGUCGACAACGCCAGCAUCUACGGACAAGCCUCUGGCACAGCUCGCGGUAUGGCUACAAAGGCGCGCCUGGCCGUGUACAAGGUGUGCUGGCCGAACUUUGGGUGUGCCUCGGCAGAUAUCCUUGCUGCAUACGACGAUGCUAUCGAAGACGGUAUCAACGUGGCUUCCCUGUCCCUGGGUGGCGCGCCGUCCUUGGGACCUGACGAUAUAUUGGUCGGCGCAUUCUCUGCCAUGGCCAAGGGAAUAUUUGUCGCCAUGUCUGGUGGCAAUGACGGACCCCGCGCAGGCUCGAUCUCAAAUAACGUCCCCUGGAUAAUGACCGUGGGUGCAAGCACCCAAGACCGUGGGUUCCCCGCCACUGUUGUCCUCGGUGACGGACAGAACUUCACGGGCAAGUCCCUCUCUGUCAACGAAGACAAUACACUGCCCGCAUUCGAAGAGCUCCCUCUUAUCCUAGCCAGCGAUGCGGCCAACAGCAAUAUCACCAACACCACCGAAGCGGCGAUAUGUCUACCUGGAUCUCUAUCAUCCGCCAAGGUCACGGGAAAGAUUGUUGUCUGCUUGAGAGGCGACAUUGGCAGAGUCGAAAAAGGCCUAUAUGUUAAGAAUGCCGGUGGAUCAGGAAUGAUCCUGAUCAAUACCAACCUGACGGGUCCGGCAAUCCUGGCCGAUACGCAUGUGCUCCCUGCCGUUCACAUAGGAGAAGAGGACGGCGCGGCCGUGAUCGCAUAUGCCAAGUCUGCGGGUGCCACGGCAGGUUUGGACAUCAAGGGCGCCGUCUUGGGCAUCGAGGCCCCAGUGAUGGCCGCAUUCAGCUCGAGGGGCCCUAACUACCCUGCUCCGGACCUGCUGAAGCCCGACAUCACCGGUCCGGGAGUCGAAAUCUUGGCUGCCUGGCCUGACAACGUUGGCACGAGUGGAAUCCCUCAGGACACGCGCCGGGUGAAAUACAACAUCCUCUCCGGUACCUCCAUGUCCUGUCCCCACCUGAGCGGAAUGGCAGCCUUCAUCAUGGCAAGAAGGCCCGAAUGGAGCCCUGCAGCCAUCCGCUCCGCCCUGAUGACCACCACCUAUACGAACACCAAGGGCGGUGCGUCCACAUUCACAGACGAGGCCACACAGGAUGCAGCAACGCCCUUCGACUACGGAAACGGCCACGUCAAUAUUGCAGCCGCCCUCGACCCCGGUCUGGUAUAUGAUAUCAAGACCGAGGACUACAUCGACUUCCUGUGCGCACUAAACUCCACCACCGACUAUGUGCAGUCCAUCACCGGGACCAACAGCACCUGCUCGGCCGACAAGACUUACAGCCAGUAUGAUCUCAACUACCCAUCCUUCGCGGUCGGGUACGACACCAAGACCGAUUCCGGGCCCAAGACGGUGAACUUCACGCGGACGGUCACCAAUGUCGGCGAGGCUGGCACGUACCGCGUCAGCGUGUCGCUGAGUGACCCGGCCCUCGUCCAGGUAUCGGUUGACCCCGAGGAGCUCACAUUCACCGCGGGCCAGGAGCAGCAGAGCUUCGUUGUUACAGCCACGUUGGCGGGAGCCGGCGCGGAGGCUGAUUCGGGAAAGACUGCUUGGGGCAGGCUGGCUUGGUCGGAUGGUUCGCAUACUGUUGGCAGUUCCUUGGGAUUUGUGUGGGGAGAUUUGGCUGCCCUGUCUUUUAACGCGACCAAUGCGCCUUCUAGUGACAGUGGGAUCUACUAG